CACGGUUUUUCCGUGACAGCGCCUUCCAGUUAUAUUUUUGAGUCUCUCUUACAACGGUGCGCAUAUUGCGUAUAAAGCUCGGACAUUAGACAGAGCCUGAAAAAUAAUCAAGAUGGCGGCUGUUUUGCUUAGGAACAUGGGGCGCCAGGCAUUGGCAACAAAAAACCAGGGAGUAUUUUGCAUGAUCAAAUCUUGUGGUCCAAUGAGCACAAUGCAGGCAUACCAACAGAUGGAAGAAUUCUGGAAAAAGAACAGGAAAUUGAAUCGUCCACUCUCACCUCAUCUCAGAAUAUACAAACCAGAGUUACCUAUGAUGACGUCAUUGGCUCACAGAGUUACUGGAAUAGCAAUGGCCCUUACUGUGUCUGGGGCCUCAAUAUUCCUAUUUCUGGCUCCGGGUGAUUAUGCACACUGGCUGGGCCUCCUACAGUCUCUAGAACUUGGACCUGCCCUCAUUAUAGGACUGAAAUAUCUCAUAGCACUUCCGGUCUGUUUUCACUACAUCAAUGGAAUCAGACAUUUAGCAUGGGACUGGGCGUGGGGUUUUGGACUUCAGAAAUUGUACAAGACUGGAUAUUUCGCCAUUACUCUUACUUUCCUUGUUGCCACAGUUUUUGUUUUUGGAUUCCCUCUUGGUGGAAAAAAAUUAGAAGCUCAGGAGAAAAAUUAAAAUACCAAGAGACAGAGUAACUACCGUGAUUUUAAAAGUCUGUGCUGGAAACAUUGGCUUAUAAGAAUUAUGUCACUCAACUGCGCAAAAAAGAUUGUUUUCUAUUUUAACUUAUUAGUAAUUAUGUCCUGAAAAUUAUUAUUUCCCACCUUGAGUUUCUUGACUUACUGUUUUAACUAAAAAAGAAUUUAUUGGUUUUUCAUUUUACUUUAAAAAUAAUUUAUUUAGUUUUCAUUGUACAAGUAGUUAUUAAUUGGUUUUCAAAUAUUCACUGAAAAAUUUAGUUGCUAGAAAGUAAGAUCUUGCCAACUUAUAAAAUAGGAUCAUAUGUAAAAUUGAUUGAAAAAAAGAAAACAAAAGAAAUUGGAUUAUGUUUCCUAUAUUUUUGCUAUAUUGAAGAUUUGCUUGUUAUCCUAUAUACAUUUACAUGAAAUACACAAGCUUUUGAUCUAUCCUGUGUUAAUUAUGUGAAUUAUCCUAUGACAAAACAUGUGUAGGUGUGUUCUUAUCAUUUCCUUGUUCGAUAGAAGUGAGUUAGGUGCUUUGUGUUCUCCAUAGUUUUAUUUGUGUGUCCUAGACAGUUUUAACGCUGGACCAUUUUCACUGCGUAAAGAUAAGGCAAAAAUUAUAAGAAUUAAUUACAAGAAUUUUGUAUUUUUUUGCUUAAAACUCUAUAAUUGUUCAGAAUAGUAAUAUCACUAUUUCACAGAAUAAUGACAAAAUUUGUAUACAAGUGUUUCUAUUAGAGUUCUUGUUUCCGUAUGAUAAUAGAUUAAUCUGUUAAUCUACUUUAAUGUUAAAUAUUUUAAUAUAAUUAUGUUUUUAUUGUGCAAUUUAUUAUUUAAUAAUUGGUGCAGAAAAGGCUUGUUCUGGCAUAAUAUGUGGUUAUGUGUUAUAUGGUUUUAGAUCUAAAAAAAUCUUGUAAGGGAAUGAGAGGAGAGUUUUUAUUUCCUUGAUUAUCAAUUUAAAAGUAAAUCCACAUAAAGACUUAAUUUAAAUGUAUGUCUAGUUGUAAAGAUGUCUGCCGUCCAGCCAUUGGCUAUUGAGUUUGAGCUCUACUUUGGUCUCGACUAUUUGUCAGUAAUUGUUACUAAAGCUGGUAUUAUUCCAGAAAGCAGGUAGAACUGUUCAGACAUGUUAAAAACUGUCAUGACACUUUUAAGAGAAUCGAUGAAAUUGUUUCAAUAGAGCUAAAGCUUUUAAAAUAGAGCUAAAGCUUUUAAUUCUUCUUGUAGUUAAAUGUUAAUAUAAAUCAGAUUAUUUUCUGUUUCUAUAUACAAUAUAUUUUUAACAAACCAGGUGCCAUAACUCUGGGAUUAUAGUGCUAACUUUUAAUUUCCCCUUGUUUUUGUUUUGAUACAUGUUUUUGUCAGGAAUACAGUUAAGUUAUUAUUGUUUUGUAUUCGUUUGUUUGUUUGUGGAGAUAGCCAAGAUCUUUAGUAAAUUAUUAUAACUAAAAGUAAUGAUCAAUAUUGUAAAGGUACGUGUAUAUACAAUAAAAAAAUGAAAACUA